GUCGGACACGUUCAGCUGCAGCAACGUACUCUAACCGUUGAAGCUCGGCAAAAACGCCCAUCAGGCCUCAAUACCAACAAGAACGCAAGGUCAGUGCAUCGAUUGUGGUGGUGCAACACCGCAACGCUCACCGUCCUGCUGCUGCUUCUCCUUGCGCAGCUGCUCCUCCUGCUUGCGCACGUGCUCCUUCUCCUUGCGCAGGUGCCCUCCUUCUUGUGCAAGUGCUCUUCCUUCGUGCUCAGCCGCUCCAGGUCCUGCUCGGCAGCUGUCAAGUCCAUAACGCACGACUGCUGCUCCUCAGCCAGCGCCACCCUCUCCUGCUCGCGGAGAUCUGGGCGCUUCAGCUUCUCGGCUAUUUCGCGAAGCUUCGCCCUGGCCGCGUUCCUGGUCCGCGUUGCCUUCUCCAUUGCGGCUUCUGCGUGGCGCAGUUGCGCUUCGACAUCUUUUAUCUGUUUUGUGACGUCGUCAAUUUCAGACCCAAUGGUAGCAGAGUCGCGCACGCGUUUGACCAUUUUAGCGGUGCUCAGAGCAAGCUUUGCGGUUCCGGCGAUAGCACCACACAGACACACCGCAACGCCACACUCGCGAGGCAGUGCCGCAUCGCACCUGCAGGAAGAUGACCAGCGUCCACGGAUGGCCGCGGAUGGGCGUCAGAUGACUGCUGGGGCUAGGGGUCACCACUUCUGGGACUGUGUAGUGGCGGAGGCUCUGCAUGAUGUGUUGCGGGAACAUGCGAAUGUGGACAUCGCACGGCACCAGUUGUGGUUGGCCCAUGCGCCACCAGGGCUAUCGCAGGCGGUGUGGGACACCGUGUUCUUGGCUGCUGUGGCGGCACUGGAGUACGGCCGACAGCGCCUUUACGCUUGCCGUGGUGCCUGGCUGGCCGCAGCCAACCUGUCGCGCCCCGGCGUGCCGCAGCUGCUGGCGGCGCUGGCGGCGGUGCGGCGCGGCUACCGCUCCCUCAUCUGCCCCGCCUCCAUCACCGCGCCCGAGCGCGAGGUGGCCCGGCACUCGCCCUACGGCGGCGGCGAGCCCGACUGGAGCGGCUCCAACCCCGACCCCGUCGCCAACUGCGUGCUGCUGACGCUGGGCGGCGGCGCCAGCCGGCCCGGGCACAUGCUGGCGGCGGGCUUCAACCCGCAUGGCACCUGGUUUGGCUAUGUGCCUGUGGAAACCGACCCCGGCUAUGUCCGGGCGAUGAGGUAAUUCGGCCUCAGGCUGUUGAGGGGCUCAGCCCCUUUUCCCGUGACCGGGGAACACUUGUCUGAGCUGCGUGCGGAACAUUUCCGCAUGUGAUGCACAGAGACUCGACCCAUCCCUGGAAGUGCAGGAGAAAUGUCCUGAGCCAGCAGGAAGUGCGGUGCGGCGAAAUGCGCAUCAAUAUGAAGGGUCUGGGCGCAUGUCGCACCCGUGGAGGGCGCUGUAUGGGCACAUUGAGGCCAGGGAGGGAAGGAGGGCAAGGGCCGCCAGUAUACCUCGGAUCUCCCCUGCCGUACAACGGCUGGGGGUGAUGGGUGAUGCCCCAACUUACGUACAGGCGGUACAGCUUUGAGGAAGGAGCGACGCUCACAACUUCUCUGGCGCCAGCUGGCGCUGGUUGCAUUUAGUUUCUUAGAGCAUCAUCAAUAACUUGGGUUUAGGCGCGCGGUAACUAAAUUUGCACGGGUGACCGCUGCUGCCAACCAAGAACCCGGCGCGUGUCAAUCAAGGUGUUGCGACAGCGUGGUCCGCACGUGGCCACGCUAGCGGAAUACUUGCAGUCUUCAAGGGAGCCUUGCGGGGGACCUUGUCAUCAGGUAAUCCAUCAGCACGUAUGUUGCCUUUAACCCCUUAGCCAGUACUGGGCCAAUGUGCGAAAACCAUCCGCUGAGCUGACAAAAGCGGUGUUCGCAGCACCCAAAACCAAGCCGCACGAACUGCCACUCUUGCGUAACCGGGAUGAGUAGCUCUCUUAAGGAACUGGCAGCUUGUGAAUUUUCGUUACUACCUC